AUGGCUUCUUCUCUGGCCUCUAGCGAGCGUUCCGGCUCAAUCCAGUCGCACCAUAGCCCAAAGACCUCACUGCAAAGCAAGGCCGACCCAAACAUGGCCCUCCACGAACAAGAGCCCACAACUGUGAACUUGGAGCCUGGAGCCCGCGAUAUCUUUUCUCUCCGAAGCAUUCAACACAAGGACCGGGAAGGCAACCCCAUUGCGGACCCCGACCUUUCCAACCCCACACGCAGCCGCUUUGAGCGACCCCUCGACACGAUCCGCUCGUUCGAUGCCGCCAUUGAUAGUCAUUACAAACAACAGCGCAUGCGAUAA